AUGGCGAAAGGGAAAAUAAGAACAUUUUUUUUGGCACUAUUGAUAAUACUACUUUUUAUUCUUACAUUCCUAUGUCCGGCUCUUGCACUUGCAAAAGUCCUUUUAUUUGAUCAAACUAAUGGAGAACUUCAAUAUAGUAAUAAAGGUGUUGAAUAUUCUGAAACAGCUUGUAAAAUUCGAGCAGCGAAUUUUGUUUUUAUGUGGUUAUAUUUAGGUUUUGCGAUAGUUAGUGUCAUAAUUAUGGUUACUUUGAUGUUUGUAGAUGAUGAAAGACCUCACACUGGAUUGAAUGAAAUAACUAAUGAAAUAACUAAUGAAAUUACUAAUGAAAUAACUGAAAUAACUGAUGAAGAACGAGAUGAUAAAACGAUCGUAGAUGCAGUAUAA